AUGGGAAAGGCAGGUUCUAUCUGGGUGGCUUGGGUAAGGAGGAAAUAUCUCUCUCGUUCCACUUUCUGGGCCUUAAAUGUUAACAGCCAGUCUAUCUCCUGGUCCUUCAGGAAAAUUCUCAAGUUGAGACCCACUGCUGCUAGGUUUCUUCGUAUCAAAGUUGGAAAUGGAGAUGACACUUUUUUCUGGUGGGAUCCCUGGACCCCGUUUGGUCCUCUCCUUGAUUUUCUGGGUAAGGAUGCACCAGCUAAGCUAGGAAUUCCCUUAUCCUCUCUAGUGAAAGAUGUUAUGCUGAAUGGUGGUUGGAAUCUCCCGCCAGCCCGCUCAGAGGCUUUCUUACAAGUUCUCUGCUACAUAAUCUCCAUUGAGCCCUCGCAGAUAUGGAACGCAAUUCGCGCUUCAAAGCCCCCUGUUCCGUGGGCUCCCAUUAUUUGGCAUAAAAAGCAACAGCUCUGA